AGUUGUAGUGUUCAUUCUUGAUGAUAUAUUUUUUGCAUUUUUGGAGAACAUCGGAAUCAACACAUCUAUUCAUGGCUAUCAGUAUAAUGCCAACCUUGAAACAAUAUCAGCUGCGUAGUCGUGGCCUUUUUCCUCCUAGAAAUGACCUAUUAGAUGUUCCAUGUUAGGUUUCUUUUCUGAUGAUUAAAAUUCUUGUUCACUUAACAAGUGAUCAGUACGUUAUUACAUGACGAUAUGUUUAUGAAGUGCAUCCUGCACUUAUUUUCAUCGCAAAUGUUACAGGCAGAAGUUGGGAAUGUGGACCAUUGGGUUCCGACCCAGUGGCUCAAUGGUAACGUGCUGGUCACGGGACCUGAAGGUCCUGGGUUCGAUCCCUGACGGAGUGAGGUCAUGGGUGCGCACUGCUGAGGAGUUGCAUACUAAGACGACACAACUAUCGAGUGCUCCCAGGUUUCCAUUGUUUCUCUAACUGAUAUCAGAGCGUGACGAACGCCAACCUGAAGUCAAUAACUCCCCACAAACCCCGAAAUUAAAUUAAUCUAGCGCUCAUUGGUCGCUAGCUUCGAGAGAUGAUUCCUGAAGCUAACCACUAAACGAAAGCUUUCAGAUAUUUCUGAACUUUGACCGUUGAAUAAGAAAGGUAAAGUGUGUUUUCAUUUGCAUUGGCAUUUUAAGACUCACUAAUUUUUGUUAUUUGCUACGCUGAUAAUCUUAAUCUUCCCAUCUACAACGCUGCAAUAGAACAGUAGGCACAUAUUCACUCUGAUAUAUUGUAUUAAUUUACUUCGGGAAUAUUUAUUCUUAUCCAGUCUAAUUUAAAUAGCGCUUAAUCAUCAUUUAAUUUUUAAAAAAAGCAAUACAGAGUGGGUACCAAUAAACUAUUCCACGAUGCACAACGUUUUGUUUUGCUUACACAGUUUUUUCAGCUCAUCUUACUUUAUGAAUGUUUGUGUAACUUACUUUCUUAUCUGAAAAAUUAUCUUCAUCGUAGUAUUUCUAACAAAAUGGUUUCAUUAUGCAACAAUUGAUCUAUAGUCGAAUUUCGAUGGUCUUUUCUAGAGCUGUAUAUUGGGAGACAGCUCUCCACUUCUCCUUGUACUCAUUGGUUCAACCAAGUGGUAAUCCUAUCAGAAAUAUAAGUCAGGAAUUGCUGGAUUUUUAUGGCCCAGUAAUCAUUUUCAAAUUCAACUGGGUAAUUUAAAAACCUGCUUCUUUCUUUACAUAAAAUGUUGAGAAGACCAACUGCAUAAGGUUAUUCUAUAAUUUAAAAUCACCUUGUUUGCUUAAUGUUCAUCCGGUGCCUCCUUGAUAAUGCACUUAAACAAUAGGGUAAUGUUUUCAAGACGAGGAGGAACAGUAUCCUAAAAUAAUAAUUCGUAAAAAUAAGUUUUUUAUCAUGUUAAACUAUUAGCAACCAGACCGUAGUUGUUACGAAUAUCCUUAUAGAAGUUGAACACUGAGUCUGAUUUAAUCAUUAUCAGGAUAUUUUAGUAUUUUAGUCUAAACAUGGUGAGAUUACAUUAAAAUAUACUCUUAUAAUCAUGCAUUUUGCUGUUACUAAUUUGUAAGUGAUUGAGAGGGAAAAGUGUCUGAAGUCCAGUCUUAUGUUUGACCACGAAAUAAGUUCAAGCAAAAUUAUUUGUAUUCAUCACUUCGUUUUUAUGUGAAACGCUAACUGUGAACCAAUCGCUCCUAUUGGGUACAUGUUUCUAUGCCAUAGUGUUCGCUACAUGAAUAAAAUGUCUCAUAGCUACUACCAAGUGCACUCUGUACAAUUUUUGCUUAUUGGAUAUUAUUAUUAUUAUUAGUCCCUUGGGUUCCUAAUAGAACAUAGGGCUUCAGUAGCACGUCUCCAGUGACCUCUGUUCUCUGAAAUCUUUUGAACCUGGUUCCACGACAGCCCAGGAGCUCUCAUUUCCUCCUCACACAAUCUCCUCCAUGUCACCCUCGGGCGUCCAACUCGUCGCUUCCCCUGGGGAUUCCACUCGAGGGCCUGGCACGUGAUGUCCUCAGUCGGCCUUCUCAGUGUAUGCCCAAUCCAUCUCCACUUCCUUCUGCAUAUUUGUUGCGGUAUUGGAUAUAUUUUGGUCGAAUUACCAUUAUUUGAACAACGCAAGAACAAAGACAUUUGCAGAAUAAAAUAAGCUCAUUUUAUUUCAUGGCUUUUCAUCAGCUCCAAACAGCCUACAAUUGAAAUGAGUUAUUAGUUAGUAAUAAUGACAUAACAUAAUUUUAACACGCAGAAAUAAAUGGAGAUUUGAAAUCCAGGAUUAACAAUAAGGUAGUAAUAUUGGAGUAAAACUUGGACACUGUGGUCGAUUGUAAUUCCAUUUUAGUCUGUUUAUUGGAAAUAUCGCACAGUGAAACAGUAACAUUUACUGAAUAACGUUUCGGAUACAAUUUAUUGCCCAUAUUCAUAUCAGGUAACGCCACAACUUAGAGAGUUUAUAUAUUCCUAAUUUUCUCUCCUUCUCUGUGAUGAUAAGGGUAGUAGAAUUUUCCAUAUAUCUGGGACAGGUGCAGAAUCAUUUCGAUUGCAUGUAUUUGGUGUUGAUUCGAUAAACAAAGAUUCGGUUAUCAACCUCUCCCUCCAUCCAACUAGGUUAGUUUUCAACACUGUCGCUCUAUCACACCCUACUGUGUGAUUGUGUGUCAUCGCAUGCAGAGCUAUAGCCAAGCUUUUCUCUAAAUUUCUUAUCUUAUUAGGAUCUACUUAUCUUGAUUUAGCUAAGUUUUUGUGCUCUGUUAUUGUAAUCGACCCUAUCGAUGCAAUUAAGCAAAAUAAUCUGGUUACCAGAUCCCUUGCAAUGAUUGUGAGGUCAAAUACAUAGGUCAAAGCAGUCGACCAGGACAUCAAAUAGAUGUUUCUCAAUCUUUCAGGGAAACACCAUGUUUAUUAUGAUUUGUGGAAGCUCCCGCUAUCAAACAUUUCUAACCUGACCUAUGUACUCAGAAAGAGACUCAUUAACCUUUCUUUACCUUGGUAAAUCCAUAUAAUUUUUUGCAUAUGUAUAUAGUCUUCCAUUUUCUUUUGAAUGCAUUAUCUCUUCAUUAAUUACUCACCGAAUAUUAAUCACUUAACGAUUUUCAAGUCUUCCAUGUAAUUACGUAACCUACCAGCCCCUAAACAGUCUCUCCUUUUACACUGAUUUUCAUUUGUUGUCCUCCCACUCCACAACUCCAGAAUUUUCCAUCUCAUCAGAUAUAAAUAGCCAUAGAUUUUGAUAUGUAACUAUUAAUCCUGUGUUUCCUUGACUUACUACCUUAUUGCUAAUCCUGGAUUUCAAAUCUCCAUUUAUUUCUGCGUGUUAAAAUUAUGUUAUGAUGUUAUUACUAGCUAAUAAUUCAUUUCAAUUGUAGGCUGUUUGGAGCUGAUGAAAAGCCAUGAAAUAAAAUGAGCUUAUUUUAUUCUGCAAAUGUCUUUGUUCUUGCAUUGUUCAGAUUUUUUAAGGGAACUAAAUGUAUGACAUUUCCUAAUUACUGUUAGCCAUAGAAAUCACUCAGGUUUAUAGUGCAUUAAAUCAUAAAAUAGGAUUUAACUUUUAAGGAUAAAGCAAUGGAACUACUCCUGUAUCUAACAGUAAUGCGUGAUUGCUAUUAGUCGAAUGUGUUACCGCGAACUUUUUUAAGAUACAUACCUAAAUGCCUUAAGCGCUACUUGCCUAAAUGCAGUCAUUUUAUCCAGAAUAUUAUUCAACUGCAUCAAAAGGACAUCUUCAUGUUUGUGCAGUCGAUUAGUGUUGUCUAAAUUCCCAAUAAGAUGCAAUAGUUUUCGCUUAUUAAGUUAUAUUUUUGUGUCAGUCGCACUUUUGACAGUAAAACUUUUCUCACUAUGUGCUGCUGCAAACAUGUAUCAAUUUUAUCUGAAUUUUGAGUUUUACGUGUUAUUUUCUCGAAGGUGGUUUCAUCAGCACGCCUUAGCUCCGUAGAAGCGUCACCUUCAACUGAAUCACUUCAUUUUCAGGUUUCAUGUCAAAUAUGAAUUUAUGCUUCACUGAUAAAAGGGUCUUCCUCUUCACUAAUUUGUCCCAAAAACAUAAAUUUCCAAUGUGAUUACUCGCUGAUUUCGCUUCUAGCUCUUCGUAGUUCAUCAUUCAUUUCUUCAGGAAAUCGGUAGUUACUAAACAUAAACUUUUAUAAAUGUGCCGAGAGAGCUAUUCAAGGAACAUAAAUUUAGGGACUGAAUUUUAGCCGAAAUUUACUUGUAAACUUCUCAACUACGGGUUUAACUGAUAUGUACUAUUGAGCAACAUGAGUAAUUAAAAGGCACUCACACUGACCUGCUGAUUUCACUAGCCAGGCUAGAGUAGUGUAAGCAAUCGACAGCUGUUGCGUUUGUUUUGUGUCGAGUAUAUCAGCAUUGUACUUUGAGAGAUUUAUCUCACAAGCCAAAUUUUUCAGAUCAACUGGACCUGGAUGGCUGACUUAGAUAAACAAGUAUACUAUAAAUUUAUUUGCUGAUUGUUUAUUCAUUGAACGGCAUACGUUAGCAUCUGACAGCUGAGUGGAUUUUUUCAAUUACCUAGCUGCGGUGUCCAUAGGAUUUUCUUUCGUCAGUGUAUGACACUUGUGUUAGAGACUAUACUUUGUGAUCUUGUUAUAGCAGUUUCUAAUGAAAACUUUGUUAACACCACGUUUAGACAAUUGGGGAAAAGACUCAGGUGAUAGUAAUGUCAACAUGGAGCGUGCAGUUUGCAAAAUGACCCAUCCAUGGUUUAGUUUAGAAUUCUGAUCGAAAAUUUAUGUCAAUCUUUCACUACUUAACAAGUGGCUGAAGUAGAUAUAUCAUGAAAGUCUUCACUGUUUAACUAUCUUACCCACUUGGUAUGUGUAAAAGGUGGCAUCGUUUUUGUUACUAUCCAGAAAUCUGAUAUACGAAGGAGCUCCUGUUAGUGGCGCUAGACAUUGUGAAAUAGAUAGAAUUUUAGCUUAACUGUGCAUUAUAUGAGCUAAACCAUAUUAGCGGAAAUAAAUGAAGAAAGAUAUUAAUUAAGAAUGUACAGUGUGCAGGAUCAAAAGAAUGUUUGCUAUGUGGUCCAGUUAUAUUCUGUGUUGUUGGGAGGAUCGGCGUAAACACAAACUGCCGUUAGUAUACUAGUUGUCUAGAUGGGUCGCAUUUUAUUGUAUCUCAGGGUUUCUGAGGUACUGUAGUAACGGUUUUUUGCGGGUUUUUCAUUCAGUUCUUUGAUUUCACAUUGAGUUAUCUUUUGUAGUUAACAGGAUGCCAGAUUUGAGUGGUAGUAAAAGCUCCUCAAAGACUUUGGUCUCUACCAAGAGGGCUCCAGUCAAAAGUUCAGAAAAAUUCAGUCAUUCUUCAAGCUCCAGACAUCAGGAAAGCAAAUAUUCUCAUUCUAAAAUUUCUCGAAGUCCACCUAGACGGCGUGCUAGACGAAGUCAUUCGUCAACAUCCAGUUCUUCAGAUUCUGGUUCAUCAUCGUCCGAUUCUAAUUCAAAUGACUCUUCGGCAUCCGGGUCUUCUAGUUCAUCCAAAGCUUCCAAAAAAUCCAAUCGAGUGUCAGAUUUAAAGCAACCUAACGAACGUCCUCCCACAUCCAGUCAGUCAACUUCUGUUCAUUCGAAAGUAAACGAUAAGACUAUUCAGAUGCCGCAUAAAUUAGCAGAGUCCAGUGAUCCAAAGAAGAAGAUCACCUCAACAACCUCGAAAGAAGAGUCCAGCAGGUCUGAGUCUAAUCCAAAUAACUCUGGUGUUACCGGGUCUGUAGCAGUAGCUGUACAGGAAUCUGAAGAGAAAACUACAGAUGCAUCUAAAAACCGAAAUCGAGACAAAUCUUCGCAUAACGUAUCUAAAACUAACAAGGAAAAUAAUGUGGAAAAAACUCUUCCUAACGUUGACAGUUCGUCUGAAGUUCAAUUUACUCGUGUGCUGAUUGAGAAGCUUACAAAAAAUAUAACGAGAGCUCAUAUUCAGGAGAUAUUCUCUGUUUGGGGUCAAAUUCAUUCUGUCGAUCUUCCACCUGAUCGUAUUCACCCGGAAUUCAAUAGAGGAUAUGGCUAUGUUGAGUAUGUUGAUGCGAAGUCAGCCAGUGAUGCAGUAAGUUUCAUGAAUGGUGGACAAAUAGAUGGACAAGAGGUUAGAGUUUCUGAGGUCUAUUCACGUCCGGCACACACUAGUGAUCGUGAAGGACGAACGGAUGAAAGAGCAGGCUACCGCAAACGAGGACAUGAUUUAUCUAAGCGUAAUCGUGAUAGGUCACGCGAUGAACAUACUUCAAAAAGUUUAAAUGAUUCCACAGAGCACAAUCGUUCUAAAGAAGAUUCGAGUAAAAAACACACCUCCCAUAGCCAUUCACGAAACCACGAUAGACAAGAUCGUCCUCGACUUCAUGAACGUAAUGAAGACCGUGAGCGUAUGAAACAGCGUGAACGCGAACGACCACCGCGUGGUCGUUCAGAUGGCGUUGAUAAACUUAAACGAAUAAGACGUGGCAGCAGUGGUAGUCCAUUUGCUAAUCGACCUAGUCCUCCAGGCACGCGAACGGCUCCGAAACGACCCAGGUCUCGUAGUCCUAAAGGAAAACCACAAUCAGGACCCAAUCGAGGGGAUGGGAAACCUGCAAAUGUUGGUCGUCAUGAUAGAAAGGCAUCAUCACGUUCAUCGUCCUCGUCUUCUUCUAAUUCAGGUUCAUCUUCUACUUCAUCAUCGAGUUCGGGCUCUGGCUCUAGCUCAUCAUCUAGUUCCAGUUCCUCUCGCUCACGUUCGUAA